AUGGCUUCCGUAAAGUUUGCCGUUGUUGAUGUUAACGAUUUCUUGUCAAAAAAACAGGCAGCCGAGCCUGAUAUAGCAGCAGACUGGGCUAAACUAGAGGAACUUUACAACAAAAAAUUAUGGCAUCAAUUAACAUUGAAACUGAUGGAUUUCGUCACCCACCCGAGCCUGCAGGCGGGCGAAAACUUGAUCCAGCUGUACAAUAACUUCUUAACCACUUUUGAGAACAAGAUCAACCCCCUGUCACUUAUGGAGAUCGUAGCACACUUGGUGAAGCAGUACACCAACAAGAAGGAUGCAAUCGCAUUCUUGGAGAAGAUGGAACCUAAAGUCAAAAUGAACGAUGAAGCGUUAGCCUUAUGCAAGGUGCUGCAAGGUCAGAUUCACCUGGAGCAUCUCAACGACCUCGACGCCACGGAGAAGAUCAUAGAACAUUUGGAAGGCACUUUGGAAGAUGCAGACGGAGUCACACCAGUGCACGGCAGAUUCUAUAAGCUUGCCUCAGAGUAUUACAGGGUCCGAGGCCCCAUGGGUCGGUAUUACCGCGCCGCUCUCCGUUACGUGGGAUGUCGUGCCGGAGGGGCAGAUCUACCGACACCCGAACGACGCCAGGUGGCGCUGAGACUGGCGCUAGCUGCCUUACUGGCGCCAGAUGUCUACGAUCUGGGGGAAUUGCUGGCCCACCCAAUCCUCCAAUCUCUGUCAGACUCGCCCGAUUCCUGGGCCAUAGAAGCAGUGAAGGCGGCCUCUGUCGGCGACAUCCACACAUUCUCAAACAUUCGGCAACAACACGCCAGCGCGUUCCCGGAACUGAUGCGGGCAGACACGCUGCUGAGACAGAAGAUCGCUAUACUCUGUCUAAUGGAGAUGGCAUUCAACCGCACAUCGGCGCAGCGUAAACUGACAUUCGCGGAGGUGUCGACGCAGGCGCGCGUGCCCAGGGACGAAGUGGAACUACUGCUCAUGAAGGCACUCGCCGAGAACUUGAUCAAGGGACACAUUGACCAGGUCACUUUAUUAUUAUGAAGUCAAACUAGAUGAGGGUAACUUUUCAAGGCCGCGUCACGAUUUGAGCAUUUUAAACAACGAUAUUGAAUACCCUAGAUACACCACGUGCGUUAAAAAUGUGUCCCUAUCAAGAAGUGCUUGAACACGACUCGAGCACUUCUUGGUUCACAGUCACACGCGGACCGUUGAAAAGUCAAUAUGCCGCUGUGCUCCGUGAAAAAAUAAGAAAUGAAUAUGAUAUGAAAUGAAAUGAGAUCUCAUCAAUGUUUGUUAAUUUAACGCAUUUGAAGCUAAUUUUGUUUUAAUAGGGGAAACCACCCAAUCAUUGGCACUCGUCCUAUUAUUGGAAUUUUUGAGUUUAAUUCGGAAAAACAAGGAAACAAUAGAUUAUUCAAGGUCGUUACAUAUUAAAAAGAAAAACCUAGUAUGGUAUCGAAAUUUGAAAAUUGGCAGCAUUAUUCCUACAAUCUAUUGUUUCCUGUUUUUUUCGAAUUAAAGUCAAAAGUGCCAAUAAUAGGUAGAGUGCCCAUGAUUGGGUAGUUUCCCCUACUUACUAUAAACUGGUUUAAUAGAAAAUAUUUAUGAUAUUCAAAUGCAUGGUCGGUAGCCUUCUCUUUCCUCGCGGUCCGUACCUGCUGUGUUGCUAAUAGCGCAUUCAAAAUUGCGCGUAGAGUCAAAGACAUAAGGUCUAUAUUCUUCCGCAUAUAGCAAUAAGUCGUAAAAUUUUACGAGCUUGCAUCUCGAACUGUCAUAACUCUUGACACGUGCGUUUUAAUUAAGACCUUAUACAGUGCGCAUUAAAGGUGACUUUCAAUGUUUAAAUA